AUGUUAUUAGAUGAUGAUUUAAAACCAAUCAUCCAAAAUCAAUAAAUAUAUACACUCUUGAAUGAUAAUCAUUAUUCAAUUCAAUAUUAAACAAUAUACAAUAUUUCAACAACAACCAAUAUUGGAUAUAUAUAAUCAAGAAUAGUGAUUGAUAUAUAAUUAAUACUGGAUACACCUUUGAAGUAUGAAUAAGGAAUACAAUAAUUAUUUAAUCAACAAAACUUUUCUUAAUUUUAUUGUACAAGUCUUUCCUUAGAUAAUUAAACAUACAUAUGUAAUAUGGAUCUAAUUGCAUAAUAAUAAAACUUUAUCGAAAUAGUGAUUUAAUUAGGUCUUAACUUUUAGAUUAGAAACCUUUAAAUUUAUAUAUUGAAAUGUACUUAAAAUUGUGCUCUUUGUAAAUUAUAAACAAAUCAAUGUUUAAAAUGUGAAGACUAAUAUAAACUUACAUAAGAAUCUUGUAGAAGAAUUUAUAAUACCAAUUAUAAUAUUACUGAGUUGACUUAUACAUUAAAUUAUUUGGGGAAUUAAUAUAUAGGAUACCUUCAAUUUGUAAAUCAGAAUAAUCUAUUAACCAUUUCUACUGGAGAUGUCAAAAAUAUCAUUCUAGAUUACAAUACAACCAAUAAAACUAAAGAAAUUAUUAUUGAUAAUAAUAUUUAAAUAGGACCAUUUAUCUAAAAUGAAGGAAUAUAAUACUAUAAUUUUAAUCUUAAUAUUCAUGAACCAAUACAUAUAAAAAUAGAUUAUACAAUCUAUAUAUUAUAUGAUGAUGAUUAUCUCUUAAGUAUAUUAUAUUAUUCAAUAAAUGGAUAUGAAAAAGAUAUCUAUUUAUCUCACAAUUUCUUAGAUGGAUAGGAAGAUUGUUACACUCCCUCAUAUUAGAAUUGUAAAAUCUGCAAAUUUUAUAAUCUCUAUUAUAAUGUAACACAAAUAGAUAAUCUUAAAAUUCAAGGUGGAUUUCCAUUACAAUUAUAAAAUGUAGCUUGGGCUUUAGGCAAUAUUAAAGUUACUUAAAUUUAAAAUUUAAAAUGUCAAUACAAGAUUCAUAAAUAAAGUUGUUUAAAAUAAUGUCCAUUAGGAACAAUAGAUGAUAAUAAUGUUUGUUUAGAUAAAAUUUAAGAGAGAUUUGUUGUUUUACAUAAUUUUAAAUUCAUUAAAAAAUUUGACAUUUUAACUAAUAAUCAUUUCUAUUUAGAAAUUUAUUAACCUUAUUUUAAAUAUGAAAAUAGUAUAUAUGAACUAAUUAAUAGAAAUUUACAAAUAGAAAUUAAAAUGAAGAAAAAAUUAUAAAUAUAUUUUAAAUUAAUCAUUAUAGAUGCAAAUGUAAAUGAAUAGAUUAUAGUUAAUUUAUUUAAUUAUAGUCUUACUUUUAAUGUUACUGAUAUGAAACCGUUGAUAAAUAUAAUUGGAUCUGAAGAAUUAAAUGAUUAUGCAUUUGAAUUUUAGAAUAAAAGCUUUGAAUUUUAAAAUGUAAAAGGAUUAUCUAAAUUAUAAAUAAUACGUAAAGGAUGUUAAUAAGAAUAAUGUAGUUUAUUAAUAUCUGAACUUUUGAUAGUAUCUCCAAAAUGUACACAUGAUUGUGAAGAAUGUAAUGAGGAAUCUAGUUGCACAAUAUAAGAAAAUAUUUAAUGUCCAUAAUAUUAUUAUUAUAGUAAUUUUGAAUGCAGAUAGUGUAAGUAAAAUUGUAUUAAAUGCAAUUAUUUUGAAUAAUGUUUAGAAUGUGAAGAAGGGUUUUUUCUUUUUUCUGGUGAAUGUUAUUAACAUAACAAACUUAAAUAUUAAAUUACUCGUCCUUUUAAAAUUAAACUUAAAGAAUCUAUUUAUAAUUCAUAAUCUAUUUUAACUAAUUGUGAUGAUGAAUAUUAAAUAAGAAAUGUAGAAUUUUGUGUAUGUUAAAAUGGUUAUAUAUUUAAUUAAGAAUAUUAAUGUAUUCCUUGUAGAGAAUAAUGUUUAACUUGUAUUAGGUCUAUAAAUCAUUGUUAAUCAUGUAGAUCUACUGAGAAUCGAAGAUUGGAAUCAGGAUAAUGUAUUUGUUAAGAAGGAUAUUAUGAAUAAAAUGGAAAUUUGUAAUGUAAGAAAUGUUUGUAAAAAUGUAAAUAAUGUUAAUACAAAGAAUUCAUAUGUACUGAAUGUUAUUUAUCAUAACAUAGAGUUCUUAAUUUAAAUGAUUGUAUCUGUUAAGAUGGAUAUUAUCAUGAUUAUAUUAAUGAUAUAUGUUUAUGUAAAUAUUAAUUAUUAAUUUAGAAUGUAAAAAAACUUGUAAAAAUUGUAAAGAUUAUGAUACUUGUAUUGAUUGUGAUUAAUUAUAAUUUAGAAUAUUGACAUUCUAAAAUCAAUGUAUAUGCUAAUAAGGAUAUUUCUUAAACAAUGAACAAUGUUAAUCUUGUCAUUACACUUGUUUAGAAUGUUAAAAUUCUUCAGAGUUUAAUAAAUGUACUAAAUGUACAUAAGAUAGGAAAAGAAAAAAUAUAUAAAUGGAUUAUUUUGAAUGUAUAUGUUAAGAUGGAUAUUAUGAUAUAGGAUAAUAAUAAUGUUAUGAUUGUUAAUUAAUUGAUAAUCCUAAAAUAGAUCAUUAUUGUUAUACUAAAUGUGGUGAUGGAAUUAUUUAAUGGAAUGAAGAAUGUGAUAAUGGAAUAUAAAUUCAACGUGAUGGAUGUCAUUAAUGUAAAUUAUCACAAUCUAAAUGUUAAAAUGAAAUUUGUUAGAUUUGUUAUUAAAAAGAAUGUGUAUUAUGUUAAGAUGGAUAUUAUUUAUAAAGUGAUUAUUCUUGUGAUAAAUGUUCUCCUAUUUGUAAGACUUGUAAAAUUAAUCCAUAUAAUUGUAUAAUUUGUGCUGAAAACAAUCAUUAAUGUUCUAAUUGUUUACCUGAUAAAGGAUACAUUUAUCUUGAAAAUUAAUGUUAAAAUAUUUGUGGAGAUGGUUAUAUUACAUUAGAAGAAGAAUGUGAUGAUGGUAAUCUAAUAGAUAAUGAUGGUUGUAAUUAGAAUUGUUAAAUAGAACAUUUUUUUGUAUGUGGUAAUACAUGUAUUAAUAAACCUUCUUGGAAUAUUUAUAUAUCAUAAAAUAAAUUAGAUAAGUAUUAUUCAAAUUAAAGACAAUUUCAUAUCACUAUUUAAAAUUAUGAAUCUAAUAUAGAAAAAGAACAAUUUUAAUUAUUUUAUCUAAAUACAUAACAUAAUUGUGGUAAUCUUUAUUAUACAAUAAUUAAAUAAUCAAAAGUUGGCUUUUAAUAAUUCAUAAUUAAAUUAAAUCUUUAUUAAUCAUGUAUUGAUUAAUAUCUAAAUCUUUUACUACUUAAUGAUAGUAAAAUAAUCUAUAAAAAAUAGAUCUAAAUUUUAAAUUAUUUUACUAUAUAAUAUCAAUUUAUAUUUGAUUAUUUAUUAUAAUCAUUUCAUCUAUUAUUGUAUGCAUAUUCAAUAAUUUUUAUGAUCAACUUUAUCUUUAUUUAAUCAUACUAAUAUAUUGAAAUAUUAUUUCUAUUCUAAAUAAUAGCAUAUCAAAAACAUUUUUUAAUUUUAACUCCAAAAUAUUUUGAAACCUUUGUACAAUUAUUUUCACCAUUUUAAAUGAUUAUAUUUUCAUAAUUUGAUUUACAAAAUAACGAAUAAACUUAAUAAAAAAUGAAUCAAUCCUAAAUAAAAGAUAAUAUUAUUAGAUAACUUAUUUUAAUAAUUAUUUUAAUUGUUACUACUUCAAUAUUACGUUUAUUAAUAUAUAUUCUAAUUAGAAUUAAAUAAAAUAGAUCUCAUUAAAAAAUAAUUUAGAAAUUAUAAAAAUAAAUUACUUAUUAAAUAGUUUAUUUCAUUAAUUACUUUAAUUAUUCACUUUAUAUAUGGAUAACUCUAAAUUAAUAUAGCAUUUAGAUAUUAUUAUAUAUUGCUUUUAUUACUAUUUAUCAUAUUAAAAUUCAAAAGUACUUUAGAAAAUAAAAAUCAAUUCGUUUUAUCAUUUUAUUAAAUACUAUCUAUAUUUUGAUUUUAAUGAUGAUGAUAAAUAAUUAGAUUUUUUAAUUAUUAUUGACAUCUUUAAUUGUUGGUGUAUAGCUUAUAUUAUCUAUAAUAUAAAAAAACUAUUUUCAAUUAAAAUAUAAAUUAUUACUAGGUAAUCUAUGGGGAACUCAUUUCAUAUAUCUUAUCUUUGAACUUUACACAUCAACAGUCUAAAAAUAUGAAUAAUUCAAUUAAAUCUUAGGAGGUAUUCUAAUAAUCAAUUAUUUCGUAAUACUUUUACUCUAUAUAUUUGAUAUCUUAAGAAAUUCUUUUAUUAUUAUAAGUAUCAAUAAUAUUAUAUAUAUGUAGAAUAAUAAUAUUAAAAAUUCAAGGAUAGGUAUAUAGUUACACAUUAAGAUCAUCAAUAUUUUGAUAUGAAUAUUAUCCCAAGUUUAACUCAAAGAAUUCAGAGAUGA